AUGCAGUCUGAAAAAUACAAAUCAGAAUUAAAAUUGAUUAGGCAAGGUCAAAGCCUACCAAAAUCAAAUUCACUUAUCCGUCUAAAUCCCUUUAUAGAUCCUCAAGGAAUCUUCCGAGUUGGCGGCCGACUGGAUCACGCAGCACUCUCACUCGAUGAAAAACAUACGGUGAUCCUGCCUAGCUACUCACAUCUAACUCGGCUGAUUGUAAAUGCGGAUCAUCGACGAAAUCUGCAUGGUGGAGUUCAACUGACUUUGGCCGUCCUUCGACAACGGUAUUGGAUUCCCCGAGGGCGAUCUGUAGUAAAAGAGCAGAUUCUUAGCUGCGUCACUUGCGUUCGAUGGCGGGCGGCAACACCACAGCAGUUAAUGGGUAGCCUCCCUCGAGAACGGGUAACUCCCUCGAGACAUUUCCUACAUUCCGGCGUCGAUUACGCUGGGCCGAUACAACUGCGAACAACAAAAGGUCGAGGACAUCGUUCAUACAAGGCCUUUAUUGCGGUGUUCGUUUGUCUCUCCACGAGAGCAGUGCACCUAGAAGUAGUCUCCGACUACUCCUCAGAGGCCUUCCUAGCUGCGCUGCGCCGCUUUGUUUCUCGGCGAGGCAUGUGCAGUACCCUGCGGAGCGAUUGCGGUACUAAUUUUGUAGGGGCUGACAAACAGCUUCGUGCUUUGUUCACAGCUAACAAUCUCGAGCACCGUCGGAUCCGCGAGCAAUUAGCCAGCGACGGAAUCCACUGGCGAUUUAACCCGCCUUUAGCCCCUCACUUCGGUGGGAUUUGGGAGGCGGCGGUCAAAUCACUGAAGCACCACCUGAGGCGAGUACUGGGGAAUCACACUCUGACCUUCGAGGAGAUGAGUACGUUGCUGGCUCAAAUCGAGGCGUGCCUCAAUUCAAGGCCUCUUCAGGCUCUCUCGGACGACCCCGGCGACAUCACCGCUCUCUCUCCCGGUCACUUCCUCGUGGGUUCAGCUUUAACGGCUAUACCUGAACCGUCUCUAAUCGACGAACCUGUUAACCGUCUAACGCGCUGGCAAACCCUACAGAGAAUGAGAGACCAUUUUUGGGAUCGUUGGGCAAAAGAAUAUAUCCACUCAUUAGCCCAUCUCCCGAAAUGGUGGAAAAGGGAGACCGACUUCAAUAUCGGGCGACUGUGUCUCAUUAGAAACGAGAAUACACCGCCUACUAAGUGGCCUUUAGCCCGAAUAAUUCGCGCGUACCCUGGCGCUGAUAAACAAAUCCGCGUCGUUGACGUCCGUACGGCUUUGUCCGAGUUUAAGCGACCGAUCACUAAAUUAAUCCUCCUACCUGUCUCUCAUACCGAAAAGAGCAAUGAAACGCCCGCAUAA